AUGAGUGAUAAUCAGUUCCCUGCUCAGCCUCUGGGCUCUUCAGAAGUCCCCAAUGAGGGUCCUCCUGUCAAGAGACCCUGCACCAUCGAUACGCCACCGAUUGCGUUGACGCCAGCCGACGAUGGAAGCGACUUCUACAAUACACCCUUGGCUGUCGGCACACCCGCGGACAGUAGCGCUGUGAAAGACCAGGUUGAUGGCGCUCAGAACCCGACCAGUGAGCCGGAUGCCGCUGCACACGUCCAUCCACCUAUUCCAGGAUUGAAUUUGGUCAAUGAUAACGUCCAAGAUCUUCAACAACCACAGGCAACUGAGGCUACUGUAUCACAGACGACCACAAAUGUGAACAGCGAGCAAAACGGUGCUGUAUCUACCAACCAGUCUGUUCCCGCCCAGGGUGAACCCGAGAAGAUGGAGGAAACUAAGGCAGAGCCCACUACCGAUGCUAUGGAUGUGGAUGCCAAUGAGAAGCAGGAGCCCCAACAACCAGCGGAGGCACCUGCCACUAAUGGCGCAGAAGCUGCUCAGGACGAAGAAGAUGACGAGCACCCCGAGUGGGAAAUUGAUUCAUCUCCCUACGAAUCCUCUUCCGACGACUCCUCCACAGACUCUUCCGAUGACAGCGACGAUGACGACGAAGACUACCCCAUCCUGAGCCCCGAAGAACAAGCACGGAUUUUGAUGCAGGCGGAGCUUGGCUCUGACGACGAAGGUGAUGGAAAAGGCAAGACCGGCGGCCAUCUGAGGACGGCAAACGAAAUGCCCGAAGAAGCACCUCCCAUCCCUGAGGUUACCAUCACACCGGAGAUGAAAAUUGUGCAUCUGGGUCAGGUGGAGGCGAUCGUUGAGAACACCCUCCUUAUUACUGCCAACACCAGCGGGGAGUACCAAGUGCUCGAAGCCGGCUCCCUACUCUGUUUGGAGAACCGCAGUGUCGCCGGUGUGGUCUCUGAGACUCUCGGAAGGGUCGAGAACCCUCUGUAUGCCGUUCGGUACCCGACCGCGGCUGACAUCGCCGAGCGUGGCUUGUCCAAGGGCACGAAUGUCUACUACGUCGAGGAACACUCCACCUUCGUCUUCACUCAACCUCUCAAGGGCCUGAAGGGAAGUGAUGCCUCUAACUUCCACGACGAAGAGAUUGCCGAGGAUGAAGUCGAGUUCUCCGACGACGAAGCCGAAGCAGAGUAUAAGCGCAAGCUUAAACAGAAGCGCCAGGAAAAGAAGGAGUCACGGAACGAAAACGGCCCAGCAAGAGGCAGAAGGAACCCCCCGGGACCCUCCAAGCUCGGCCAAAGCGAAUUGAACUACGACGACAACCCCGUCGACGACGGCUACACUCCGCUCGCCCGGCCUAAGAACCUGCACGAGAUGAUGCGCCAACAGGAAGCCCCCGUUGAAGCCGACGGCCACUCCGGCCCCAGCAGAAACAACUCCGGCUUCCGCGGUGGUGGACGCGGUCGUGGCCGAGGAUAUGAUCGUGGAGGUCGCGGUGGUGGUGGCCGCGGUGGCCGCCCCUCCCACGAUUCGGCUCCUCAUCAUCAAGAUCGUCAACAGUCAUACUACCAGCCCCAAGCGCAGGCCUCUCAUCAGUCUCAACCUCAAAGCCACCCCUACCCUCAAGCAGCGUACCCCACGAACCCGCAGGGUGCAUACGCUCUCCCUCAGCAGUUCCCUCCCUUCGCAGCUUUCCAGCCGCAACAACCCCAGGCAUACGGACAAGGUGCCAUGCCAACAGCACCUUUCAAUUUCCAGAUGCCCUUCCAACAGGCCUAUCAACAACCAAACCCGUACCAGCAGCUUCCUGCUAACGUGCACAUCAACCCCUUGUUCUUGGCUGCCCUUCAGCAACAACAGCAGCAGCAGCAACAACAACAACAAGUACCAGGACAACCCCAACAACCCCAGCAACCGACGAUGAACUUCGACCAAGUAAAAGCACAGUUGGAUCUUCUACGGCAAUUAAGUAACAACCAGAACCAGAACCAGGGGCCUCCUCGGUCGUGA